UCCGAAAAAACAUCAGACCUGAAGGAGAUAUUGACCGUUGUGUCCGCGAUGAAAUCAUUGCCCGAAGAUGCGCCGGAAUUUCCUACGAAAUCUGCGGAUGCCUCAGGAAAAUUGGCUGGCAAAGUCAAGGGUUUGGAUUCGGAAGUAUCCGUAUCUCAAGAUGCGAACUCUGAAAUUCAAGAGAAGUCGGUUCUUGUGCGGUCUCGGGAAGUUUCCCUCGUGAAAGAACGAUCCGGGAAGGAAACAUCGAAUGAUCAAUUGAAUUCCAACGUGUCUCCGCCCGUUAUUGAAACAGUGAGUGUAGAAUUUGAGGAACCAGCAGAGGGAGACUCGCAUUUUCAAAGCAAAUUUCCGAUCGGGAAGAAUGUCGUUCUUCUUCCUGAUGAUGGAAAAUGUUCCGGGAAGGCAAAAAAGAAGUCAUAUCGGAAAGCAGCAGUCGGAAACGAGCGAGAAACUCCUUCAAAAAGUUCCUUAGUGCACGAUUCUGACCUUUCCCGGGAAACCGAGGGGUUUAAAAGCAUUGCUGCCGUGAAGGAUUCGUAUCCUGAAGUUGAAAAUAAACCAGGGCAUUCGUCGUCCAAUCAUAGUAACAUGAGUAUAGGAAGAGGAGUUGUAGAAACAUGCGCCCAAACAUCGACUGCGUCCGGCGAAGACGGGAUUCUAAGUUCCGGUUGCCGAAAAACCCCAGAUAUCCCGCCGGGUUUCGAACAGCUCACGACGGAAACACGGACACCGCCCCUGAAGGCCAUCGAAAAAUUCUUCAGCCAAAACGUCAGCGUCGAAGAGUUUUUGAAUGGGUCAAGUGCUAAUGACGAAAUUAAUUAUCCGAGAUCGGUACGAAAAUUGAGCGUGUCGUCAUCCAGCAAUCAGUCCAAUACAUGCGAUGAAGUUUUGUGCAAGACCGGAACGCCUGCGACAAAACCGAAAUCUUCGACGCGUCAAGAGACUUCCAGGAAUCUGCGAGUGACAUCUGGCGGCGGAGACGGCAACCCGCGAACCUCAACCACGACCAACAGCAUCAAAAUCGCUGAUGAAUUUCCACUUUUUGUCCCCAAGUCAUCGAAUAAAGAAGCACAUGCCCGAAGCCAUCGUCGAGGUAGAAGGAAAGAUUCCUCUGCAGAACAACACCUGAGUAUGCUUGCGACUCGUUUCCGACUCGGUCGACUCGCUGCAGGAUUGUAUCCCGACUUGAAACGAUUCGAACAUUCCUGUGAUCCGAAUUCGCUGGUCACUGAGUGCUUCGGGGAUGUGCUUGUCGUGAGGGCCGUGAAGCGGAUUGAGAAGGGCGACAGGAUUACAAUGGCUUUUUCUGGAGAAAAAGGCGAAAUCAAGAAAUGA